GCUAGGUGCCCAUUAGACUGGCUGAUUAUAUCAGAAAGCCUUUUUUCCUCUGUAGACAUCCCUGUGGAAGCCUGUGUUGUUUUUCCUCAGCAGCUGCGGACACUUGUGGUGAUUAGUUAACUAAUUCAACAAACGGACCCUUCCGUGUGCCAGACACCGCAGGGAGCUAGCCCAGUGAGGCAGACAGACUGGAAGAGGGGGAAAGUGUGACACUGACCUCUGUGACCAUGAGACCCCAGGUGUCCAUGCUGCUGAUGGCCUGGUUUGGUGUCCUGCGCUGUGUGGGGGCCGAAUUCUUCACCUCCAUCGGGCACAUGACAGACCUGAUUUAUGCAGAGAAAGACCUGGUGAAGUCUCUGAAGGAGUAUAUCCUUGUGGAGGAAGCCAAGCUCUCCAAGAUUAAGAGUUGGGCCAACAAAAUGGAAGCGCUGACCAGCAAGUCGGCAGCUGACCCUGAGGGCUACCUGGCUCACCCUGUAAAUGCCUACAAACUGGUGAAGCGGCUGAACACAGACUGGCCUGCACUGGAGGACCUUGUCCUGCAAGACUCGGCAGCAGGUUUUAUUGCCAACCUGUCAGUGCAGCGGCAGUUCUUCCCCACUGAUGAGGAUGAAACAGGAGCUGCCAAGGCCCUGAUGAGGCUUCAGGACACGUACAAACUGGACACAGACAAGAUUUCCAGAGGGGAACUUCCAGGAACCAAAUACCAGGCAACCUUGAGCGUGGAUGAUUGCUUUGGGCUGGGCCGUUUGGCCUACAACGAAGGGGACUAUUAUCAUACAGUGCUGUGGAUGGAGCAAGUGCUGAAGCAGCUGGAUGCUGGGGAGGAGGCCACCACGCCCAAGACUCAAGUGCUGGACUACCUCAGCUACACUGUCUUCCAGUUGGGUGACCUGCACCGGGCCCUGGAGCUCACCCGCCGCCUGCUCUCCCUUGACCCGAGCCAUGAACGAGCUGGAGGGAAUCUGCGGUACUUUGAACAUUUGUUGGAGGAAGAAAGAAAAAAAACAUUAUCAAACCAGACGAUGGACGCUGAGCCGGCAACCCGGGAAGGCAUCUACGAGAGGCCUGUGGACUACCUGCCCGAGAGGGAUGUCUACGAGAGCCUCUGUCGUGGGGAGGGUGUCAAACUGACACCCCGGAGGCAGAAGAGGCUUUUCUGUAGGUACCAUCAUGGCAACAGGACCCCACAGCUGCUCAUCGCCCCUUUCAAAGAGGAGGAUGAGUGGGACAGCCCACACAUCGUCAGGUACUACGAUGUCAUGUCUGAUGAGGAAAUCGAGAGGAUCAAGCAGAUUGCGAAGCCCAAACUUGCACGAGCCACUGUUAGAGAUCCCAAGACAGGUGUCCUCACUGUUGCCAGCUAUAGGGUUUCCAAAAGCUCCUGGCUAGAGGAGGACGAUGACCCCGUUGUGGCACAAGUGAAUCGUCGCAUGCAGCACAUCACAGGGCUAACAGUAAAGACUGCAGAAUUGUUGCAGGUUGCUAAUUAUGGCAUGGGAGGACAGUACGAGCCACACUUUGACUUCUCUAGGAGCCAUGAGCAAGAUGCUUUCAAGCGUUUAGGGACGGGGAAUCGUGUGGCCACAUUCUUAAACUACAUGAGUGAUGUAGAAGCUGGUGGUGCCACCGUCUUCCCUGAUCUGGGUGCUGCAAUUUGGCCUAAGAAGGGCACAGCUGUGUUCUGGUACAACCUCCUGCGGAGCGGGGAAGGUGACUACCGAACAAGGCAUGCUGCCUGCCCGGUGCUUGUGGGCUGCAAGUGGGUUUCUAAUAAGUGGUUCCAUGAACGAGGACAGGAGUUCUUGAGGCCUUGUGGAUCAACAGAAGUUGAUUGACAUCCUUUUCUGCUCUUCCCCUUCCUGGCGCCACAGCCCAUGUUGUCUUCAAGUUCAGCGCGACAGAUACCUUUGUAUGUUCCAGCCACAGUCAGGCGGGUCUUUGGAGGAGUAAAUGUUUGUCUGGCACAGAGGGAGAGUGGACUGGGGAGGAUCCAGGUGACAUGGGUCUGUGCCAACCCAGCCAUCCCCUCUGGUCAGCCUGUGCCAUCUCUGGUCCCCAAAGGCAAGGUCAGUGUGGCUGCAGCAGAGUCAGGCUGUCCAGCACCUAGCAAGGUGCCUUCGUACCUCAGAUGUUUUAGUUGUGAGAUAUUUCAGUGUACCAAAGUUCUGAUACCUUGUUUACAUGUUUGUCUUUAUGACAUUUUUAUCAAUUGUGGCUUUAACCAAAAAAUAAAAUGUCCCUGCCAAAAGCCUUAAA